AGGUGGGUGGCAUGGAUUAGAUUAAGUUGGUCCCAAUUCAAAGGAUCACUCACAGUGAGAGGGGGUGACAGAUAAACAGGGGUGGAAUAAAAGUGUGCAUCUGUGUGUGUGCGCGAGUGAGAGAGAUGCAGAGGGAGAUGGAGCGAAAAAAAAUGGUCAAGUCAUGCAAUCAGAGCCAGAGUUUGGCAGCAGCUUGUUGUUUCAGCCCAGAUAUGAGCCAGCUCUCCCGUCCCAUCCCGUCAAUCUCCACCGUCCCGCUGCUGUUCUAUAAUAUCACACACUGCACGUCUCAAAGCUCAUCAUGACCGCCGCCAGCGUCCUAUAGGAGUUUGGGAUUCCAUGCGACAUCAUAUGCCCACCUUGCCGCUCACGGGACCAAUCGGAUCUUCGAGUGUAGCAUGUGCUCCGAGAGCAGCCGCUGUCAGUAGCAGCGGGGCAAGUGGAGACCCUGCCUUGCUUUCACACUGCGACGGGCCCAUGGGAUCCGUUGGAUGUAAAAUGGAUUUUGGACUUUUGCGUGACAUUUGAUCGGUGCAGGACAGAGGGAGCAAGAGAAGCAGGAUAGGAAAGCAGAGCCAUACGAGGAAAAGAGGACAGGGUGAUGGGAAACAUCAACAAGGCUUCUAAAAAGAACAGUAAGAGGAAAACGGGGGGGGCACCUGUAGAACGAAGCGGCGCCCCAUUGGCUGGCGCCAUGCUGGGGGCCCUGGGUGACGCAGGUGAGGUGGACACAGACGACGAGGAUGAAGGAGGGAGCGAGAAGGAGUUUGAUGAGCCCCUAUGUGCGCUGGUUAAGAACUGCAACAUGCUGCACAACAUAGUGGGGCCUGCUUGUAUCUUCCUCAGACACGGCUUCGCUCAGAGCCAGCUUGACAGAGAUCUACGACCAGAGGAAAUGGAAGAGCUGCGUGAGGCGUUCAGGGAGUUUGACAAAGACAGAGAUGGUUUCAUCAGCUGUAAGGACCUUGGCGAGUGCAUGAGGACCAUGGGAUACAUGCCAACAGAGAUGGAACUGAUAGAGCUCAGUCAGCAGAUAUGUGGCGGCAGAGUGGACUUUGAGGAUUUUGUAGAGUUGAUGGGUCCUAAGAUGCUUGCUGAGACUGCUGACAUGAUUGGAGUCAAGGAGUUGAGAGAUGCCUUCAAAGAGUUCGACUCUGAUGGUGAUGGUCAGAUCAGCCUUGGGGAGCUCAGAGAAGCCAUGAAGAAGCUGGUGGGGGAGCAGCUCAACCACAGAGAGAUUGACGAGAUCCUGCGGGACGUAGACCUCAAUGGAGACGGACAGGUGGACUUUGAAGAGUUUGUGCGCAUGAUGUCCCGCUGACUCACAACACAACAUGGACCAGACUGCACACUGUUAAUGUUCUUGUGAUUCUCUCUGAUGUACAAAACCUUCUUGGUGUCUGUAUGUUGUCAGUUACCUUUAUAAUGUCUCACGUAUUGAGAAUCCCCUGAGUGUUACCUGAAUGUACUGUAAUAUAUACGAUGCUUGUCAAAGGAGAUUGUGCAGUAAUGUCUCAGAUGCUCAGAUUCAUACAGUAUUAUGUCUUUAUAAAUAUAAUUUAGAACAUUAUAUACAAUAAGUAAAGUAUUAUAUAAGUAAAGUAUAAGUUUACUUAUAAGUAUAAGUAAACAAUUAGGUAAAAAUGGUAUUUUCUCAUAAUGUAGUUCCUUCAGUAGAUUUUGUAGCCUCAACACAAUUGAGAAUCAUUGGAAGAAUUUUUUUUUCUUAACGACAUCAAAGCCAAACAUUAUAAAUAGGUAGACGUCACCAGUUAAGAUAAAACUCAUGAGAUAAAUGAGAAUAGUUUUACUGUAAUUUAUUGAUCGAAUUCUUCAAAUAUGCAGUACUUUACUACCUAACUUGAAUCUGAAGGAAGGCUUAAUAUGACAAUUUCAAUAAUGCUGCAAAACAAAAACUUCAGUUUAAACUUGACUUGACCUCUUAUUACUGUGACAUGAGACACAAAUGAGUGCUUUGUCAUUAACAGAGCUCAAACAUAAGAUGAGAUUAAUGUACAGACCAUAACAAUAGUCCAUUAAUUAAAUACUCUUUAUUUUUACCAUUGUCCAUAGCUACUCGUCAUGUAUCAUUUAUCAACUGUGGACCAAACAUUCUUCCACUCAUUGUAAUUUUUGAAUAAUAAAUAUCUUUUUAAUACAAAUUAAGUAACGUCAAAAGAGCUGUUUACUUAUUCAGGUGGAAAUUAUUUGUCUCAAAGAACAUUUAUUAUUAAAGCAUAUUCACAUAUUUAUUGGUACACUGUCCAGCACAUCAGGACUUUAAUACAUAAGCACUGUAUAAAAAAUCAAAAUGCAGUGUUGUUGUUAAGUUGACCUUAAGGAUACUGCAGAAAUGUUUAUUAAUAUGAAGCUCAGUAAGCAUUGCAACAAUCAUAUUCAUAGGGAGAUUCUCCUUAUCCGAUCCCAUUCUCCCAAUGGGAGAAUCUCCCUAUGAAUAUGAUUGUUGCAAGAGGGAAACCAUCCCAUCUUCUAGUUUUCCUGUUUCUACAUGUCAAACACCACAUAAAUGCAUUUAGCCUAGCAUAAAUGUUCCUCUGGAAAUCAGCAUACCCAGUUUGAAGAUAAUAGUGAUCAGUGUUACUGAUAAGUUUGUUCAGCACCUCAGACUUUGACAGAACCAUUUUCUCAAGCCUGUGGAAUAUCAAAACUCACAAUUCUUUCUGCACAAUUUAUCUUUCUGAAAACCUGUGUGGACAUCAUUUGUACAGCCUUUAGGCCCUUCAGGUCCCUGAAGGCAUCCCUAGCUCAUAAUCAUAGAGGUUGGUUUCACUGUCAGGAACUUUAUUUGACCAGAAGGGGGCGCCAAUGUCGAACUAAAGACUAUUUGUAUCUAGUUAGUUUAUAUCAUAACAUUUAAAAUGCUAUUUUUUUAUUGUAUCUGACAUAAAACCUACAAUUGGAUCCAUUUAUUAUUGCUCUUUUCAUGGAUUGAGUUUCAAUUAUGAAGGCAAAUUCUUAAACUGAAAUACUUCAGUACAUUUCUUGGAAUGAUUUCCUUGCCUACUGCUAAAGAGUGCCAGAAAAAUCAUUUAACAUAAAAUUACUUUAGAAGUUGUCUGAGCAUUCAUUUAAACUUAGCAGUAGGAGUUAAAUGUGACUCAUUCCCCACAUGAUUGGAAACUAAUUUGUUAGUUUAGCAAAAGUCUGUAUUUUUAGCAGCUAGAGUAAGAUAUAUACAAAUAGGAUGGGAACAAAAUUACCAGAGGGAAAUUAAACUUUGCCUUGUGGUGCUUUUAGCUAUAUCCAGUCUUGUUUACGUACUGAUUUACCUUUGUUAUUGCACAUCGCAUCAUCUGAUGACAUCUUUUGCAUAUCAUUAGUUUCAAGGUUUAAAUAAAUCACCUGUGAUCUUG